AUGAAGAGGUCUUGUCGAGAUCGCUUUCGUUGCCGUCUCAUCAGAUCGUUCACGAUGGUCUCAACAUUAUUGCGUCCAAGGGUUGAGACAAGUAAACCAGAAACAGUUAAGGUUGUUGUUCGUUGUCGGCCAUUGUCGGCUUCAGAGAUAUCUGAUGGAUAUCAAUCGAUUGUUGAUAUGCACGUUAAUCGAGGUGUUGUCGACCUUAAAAAUCCAAAAAAUCUAAGCGAACCACCAAAUUCUAAACAAAUCGAGCUUUAUGAAGAAACGUUUCGUGAUCUCGUAGAUUCAGUAUUGAAUGGUUUUAACGGAACCAUCUUUGCAUAUGGACAAACAGGAACUGGCAAAACUUAUACUAUGGAAGGUGAUCCAAACAAUGCCGAUUUGCGUGGUGUCAUUCCGAAUUCUUUUCGCCACAUCUUUCAACAUAUCGCUCAAUCGCAUAAUCAACAAUAUUUAGUUCGAGCGAGUUAUUUGGAAAUAUAUCAAGAAGAAAUAAGAGAUUUACUUAGUAAAAAUCCAAAAAGAAACCUCGAGCUUAAAGAACGACCUGAUGUUGGUGUUUAUGUAAAGGACCUUUCUUCAUUCGUGACUAAAUCCGUCGAAGAAAUCCAACAUGUAAUGUCUGUCGGUCAUGUAAAUCGAACUGUCGGGCGCACAAAUAUGAAUGAGCAUAGCAGUCGAUCACAUGCAAUUUUCAUUAUUACAGUGGAAUGUAGUGAAAAAGGUUUGGAUGGACAAAAUCAUAUCAGAGUUGGCCGUUUGAAUUUAGUAGAUCUUGCUGGCAGUGAAAGGCAAUCGAAAAGUGGAGCACUUGGUGAACGUUUUAAAGAAGCAACCAAAAUAAAUUUAUCUCUAUCUGCCUUAGGCAACGUUAUAUCUGCUUUGGUUGAUGGAAAAAGCACACAUGUACCAUAUAGAGAUUCCAAACUGACACGUUUAUUACAAGAUUCACUUGGUGGGAAUUCUCGAACUGUGAUGGUUGCAAAUAUGGGACCGGCAUCAUAUAAUUAUGAAGAAACACUGUCAACAUUGAGAUAUGCGAAUCGAGCCAAAAAUAUAAAGAAUCGGCCAAAAAUAAACGAAGAUCCAAAAGAUGCAUUGUUGCGAGAAUUUCAGGAAGAAAUAGCUCGGCUACGAGAUAUUCUUGAGAAAAGAAUGGCAUCAGCUUCCAAAAAAAGAAAAAAAGACCGAACUGCAAAUAUUGAUAAUGAAAGCAAUCUCAGUGCAGAUAGUAUGACUGGUUAUAUGUUUACUAUUUUUUAUCAUAUAUUUAUUAUAUUAUUAAAUAUUUUAGGAUCAGAAUCUGUCGAAGACUAUUUAAAAGAACAACAAAUGCGUCUUGAAAUAGAAAAGCAAGCAGUUUUGGCAAAUUCCAACAUGAUCGCUGAUGAGAAACAGCGAAUCUUAGAAGAUUUGGAAGAAAGAGUUCAGCAACUCGAACGCGAAAAAGAAGCACAAAUGGCUGUUGCUGCAAAAAUUCGAGCCAUGGAAAGUAAAUUAUUAUCAGGGGAUGGAAAUUUAUUUGACCAAACUAGAGAACAACAGAAACUUCUCGAUCAACGACGAUGGCAACUGGCUGAGCAAAAACGAAAAGAACGAGAAAUUUUGCAACAAUUAGAAGCACAAGAAGAUAAUACAGCAGAAAUCAAUGAAACAUUUUCAAAUUUACGUCAAGAAGUCGAGCUAAAAACGAAGAAAUUAAAGAAAAUGCUAGUGAAACUGCAGCAGAUCAGAACUGAAAUAAUCGAUUCAUCUGCAAUUCAUUCUCAAGAGAGACAAGAUCUGGAGAAUUCUGUCAUGGAAAUCAACAAGGAACUCAAACUAAAGUGA